UUAAAAUUUGCAAAAAUCGUGGCUUAAAAUAUGUUUGGGAUUACUGCUUCUUCUUUGGCUCGUGCUGUGUGUUAUUUACGAAGAGUUAACCGCAAUAUAUGUUUAGAAAGAAGUUGUUGGUCAAAGAUUUUAGCAAGAAAUUGGUCGCAGUUUCAGGCAAGUCAUUUUGGGAAUUAUUAUGAUGCACGUGUUUAUAAAAGAUGGUUUAAACUAUGUUGUUGUUUGUCAGAUAAACACGAAUUUAUCAGAGAUGAAAAUAAGAUCAUUUCUGAAUAUACAGACGGUCGAAUUGCAGUUGGAAGUAAUGAAAAUACUGCAAACUUGAUCAAUGAUUCCACACAAAAAACCACACACCAAGGAAUUUUACCACACACAGAGUUUCUUGGAAUUGAAGUCUUUCCAGAAAUUUUUGACCAACUGCCACCAAAGUGUACAGGUUGUGGUGCUAUCCUACAAAGCCAGAAUGAAAAUAAACCUGGUUUUAUCCCAGAAAGCAGAAACCCAAGUCUUUCCAGGAAUUCUGAAGAAAACUCCUUUAUGCCUGAGAUAAUUUGUACGAGGUGUUUUAGUGUGAAGCAUUACAACAAAGAUGCACCACCACUGGUUUUGCCUGAGACAAUUUCAAACUUUUUAACCCAUAUAUCUCGAAGGAAAGCAUUAAUAUUAUAUGUUAUUGAUGUCAUGGACAUUCCUGGAAGUUUCGCCGAGGAUCUUUUAAAAAUUGUUGGUGAGACAAAGCAUAUUAUCCUUGUAUGUAAUAAAAUAGAUCGACUGCCAGUGGAUGGUCAUCCAAGGCAUCAAAUACAACGUGUUAAGAAAAUCAUGUCAGAUGAGGCAAUGAAAUUUGGCUUACAAAAUGCAAAUGUGCGAGACGUUUCUGUGAUUAGUGCAAGAAAUGGAUUUGGUAUCCUUGAUUUAGUGAGGACAAUUAAUAAACACUGGCAGAAAAAUUCAGAUAUGUAUUUAGUUGGUUGUAAUAAUUCAGGCAAGACCACAUUGUUUAAUAUUCUUGUUGAUCUGUUUACUGCAAGUCGCCAUUCGGACAACAUGUUGCAAAGAGGGUCUGUCAGUCCUUCUGCUGGAACAACACUUAGUCUUUUGCGAUAUCCUGUCACAAAACACAGGUUCCUCCGGUUACAAGAUCGACUUAAAAGUGGCUAUUCAGAGGUGAGAGUUAUUACAGAUGUUUGACUAGACUAGAUAUUAUUUUGACAUGCAUAUGUCAUAUGAAAUAAUGUUACCCCAGAUUUACUUGUGCCAUACCCAGGCUUUUAGCCAGGGUGUCAAAACUGGACGUCCAAGAAAUAUAGUGGGUGUGACAACCUAUUUUCAUGAACAUGGUAAAAAAACAUGGAGUUUGAAAUCAGUGCUAAUAGACUGAUAAUUCAGCGUUUUUUCUUGUAGAAUAGAUGAACAACAGCUAAUGGUAUUAAAGAAAAUGUUUUCUUAGGCCAUUCGUAGCCGUUUAUUAAAAAGUGGCCAUCUUAUUUUUAAAUCUAUCAUCAUAAGAAAAAACUGUUUUACUAUGCAUACAGACCAUUGAUAUUAUUGCAUACAUGCCAUUUGAAAGUGAUUGACAGAUUGUGCCACAAUAGGAAAUCUGAAUUUGAUCGGAUUUGUUCGGAUUAUGGCCAACCUGUCAGUAUUGGCAACAGGCAAUACAAAACAUGUGACUCGAUUAUUCAAUUUUAAGAUAAGAAGCAAAGAAAACCUGAAAGAAGUGGAUGUUAGUGAUGAAGUCAUUGACAAACAGAUGACAAAAUAUCGAAACAUUGAAGAAAGAGUUCAGAAUGUCUCUACAGCUGUGUCUCCAUACCGUCUGCAGUUUGUAACUCGGAAACAAGAUCAUCAACAUGAUGAUCUCUCUUGGCUAUAUGACACACCUGGAUUGUACAGCAAAAAUCAGGUAGGACAAAACAUCCUACUCACACCUCUCUAAUACAGAUACCUCUCUCAACUACUCCGAUAUACACACCUCUCUAAUGUCUCUCUAAUUAUGGGCUCAUCUCUAAUACAGAUACCCCUAAUUCAAGUAACCAUCCAACACAGGUACCUUUCUAAUAUGUACACCUAUCACAAAACAUAUACCUCUUUAGUUCAGAUAAUCUUCUAAUACAAGUUCUAAUAUGUACACCUAUCUCAAAACAUAUACCUCUUUAGUUCAGAUAAUCUUCUAAUACAAGUACCUUCCUAAUAUGAACACCUGUCUCAAAACAGAUACCUCUCUAGUUCAGAUAAUCUCUAAUACAAGUACCUUCCUAAUAUGGACACUUCCAUAGUAUACAGUAGAUACCUCUCUUAUAAAGGUGGUAUACAUUACAGACUUGGUCCAACUUUAUAUAAUGUAGCUGCUUAAUUAACCCAUUGAGUGGUGGCACUCUCCCCUUAAUGAAUAAAAUCAUCUUGUGUUAGGGCACAUCAGGAUGCAUUACCACUUAAGGGUUAAGUGAUAAUUGCUAAGAUCCUUUCUCAAUCUCUAGUUUCACAUUGAUUACUUUAAAUUUCGAAGGCCCCUCAAACCUCCCUCAUUAUGUUCAACUAAAGUAUAUUCUCUCUGAACUCUUUGUACUUUAAAAGUUGAAAUGCAUAUUCUUGUUUUUCUCUUAGAUUACACAUCUUUUAACAAACCAAGAGCUAAAGUUACUAAACCCAACAUUAUGGUUUGUCCCACGUACAGUCAUCCUUAGACCUGGCAAAGUUCUAUUUCUUGGUGGCUUAGCAAGACUGGAUUAUCUUGAUGUAUGUGAUUUUCUAAUCUGCUUGAUUUUUUGCCAGCCUUUUUUUUCCACUUUUAACAACAUGUUUACGUCAUUACGCAGGUGAAAUGGAUGUCACAGGCUGAUCAUGGCAAGGAAGAGGAGGUUCCAAAGGUAAUUCAUAGCGACUGACCGGCUGUGCCAAACAUCCAAAAUUACCAGUUACUGAUUAUCCAUGCAACAAUCUUCCCGAUACAAUUUUUAUAAUGACGUUAUAAUGUCCAUCGACCAAGUGACAUCAUUCAUUUUGAUUUUUUAAUGAUAAUUUCCAACCCAACGUGUCAUUGCAACCAAAGCUCAUGAAAACCAUUCUGUAUGACUAUAUAAUUUUUAAGGUGUGUAUUCCCUCAACAUUCAGUUUUACUUUUACACAAUCGGAGAUACAGAUAAUUCUAAUGACUACUGAUCGGCUCGAUUCUAAAAAAAAAGAAGAAAAAAACCUGUUAAGAAAAAAAAGAGAAGCCUGUUAAAAAGGCCUGUUAAGCCUGUUAAAAAAUAAAAGCCUGUUAAGGUUUCUGGUCGACCCAGUACCAUAGCAGAUAUAGAGAAUAAUACAUGGGUGCGCGGAAAUACCAGCUUUAUUUCGAGUGUUGAACAUGAUUCUCGAGCACAGCGAACGAGUGAGAUAUCAUGUUCAACACGAGAAAUAAAUCUGGUAUUUCCAAGCACCCAUGUAUUUUUCUGUUUAUUAUAUAAACAAAAUUCAGUGCAAAACAAUAAAACGUCCGUGGCAAUGCGUUUUACAACAAAUGAUAUUUUCACACGUAAAAAUAUCGUAUUUUUUACGUGUGUUUAAUUACGAUUUUUCUCAGUGGCCAAAAACUCUAUAUAACACUUAUGUUUAUAUAAUAAAUUUAAUAUAUGUACAUUUUACGUUAUAAUACUGUGUGGGCAACAAUUCUGAUACCGAUAUUAUUGGUCAAUCACUAGUAAUCCACUCUCUUACAGGCUUCACAGUCUAUUUUCUUCACAAUUUUUGCCUCACCAAAUCUUCCUAUUCACGUGACGAGCUUAGAAACGGCUGACGGUCUUUAUGAUAAACAUGCUGGGAAUGAACUUUUAAAGGUAUACUACUUUCGCUACAUAAUUAUAGUCGUUUUAUUAAUUGUGUUAUUAUUUAUGAAGAGAAAGUGCCUUUCACCUCUAUCGUAGGUUCGUUUCUCGCCCCGGACUCACGACACUUGUGUGUGAAAAAUGUCAGCCAAUGCUUUACCAGAAUUCUGGGUUUUCUCCAAGCACUUCAGUUUCUUACCACAGGGAAUGUUGACAGGUUGGCAGAAAUCUCAAACUAACCCUUGGUAGCUGUGCUCCAUAAUUAGCCUGAGUCCCUCCUUCGACUUGAUCUGGUUCAGCUAUAUCCUUCUGAUUCAAUUCGGCUUUUAGCUAUAAGUGGGGAUGAUCAGCGUACUCCCACUUGCCACUUUUUUUAACCUGAAAUACCUUUUUGGUUUGGCUGCCGUCCGUACAGCGUAACUUGAUGGUGUACGACAAAAAAGCGUGUUUUUUUUAUAAAUAUCUGAAGAACUUGAAAAAGGUUUCUGUAAGAAUAUACUGUAAAAUUAUCCUCCCAAAUACAAUUAGCUGAAUGUGCAAGCACUCCAAACUUAUCUCCACCAUUCAGUUCCAUUACUUCAAACCAUGGAUAAUAAAAUAAAUCCAUGUUCAAACGAUCCCUUCAGUUUCAUUACUUCAAACUAUCCAUCCAGUUUCAUUACUUCAAACGAUCCAUCCAGUUUCUUAAUACUUCAAAUGAUGGUCUGAAAGAUAAACUGAGUUCAGUCCUCGUUUUGUCCUGGAUGUUACUACCUGAAAUCAAUCAACAAAUCCUUGACGUUUCGGAAGGCUCGUUUUGGAACGGUCUCUGUCCAAAUUUUCUUAAAUUAUUUCUCUCAGUUUGCAACCAAAAUGAAAAUAGUUUAUUAUUGAGUACUACCUACACUGGAUCGUACGUUUGCAUCCCUACCAAGGAAAGCUUGUUCAUAGGCAGCGAAGUGACUUUUUCCUUUGCUGGGCCGAGUUGUGUUGUCGUGUGACAAGUGGUGCCGACAAACGAAAGUCGCUUCGCGCGAAAUUAUCUUAAUAUUUUAUUCUCCAUAAAAUUAUAUACUCAGUCAACAUAAUGAAGUAAAUAAUUUUAACUUUCCAUCUCUAAACGGAGUAACCUUUCAGGUACCAAGUGGCGGGAAAACCCGAAUGGAAGAAUUCCCAGAGCUCAGUGGACGCGUGUUUAAGUUAACAGGAGUGGACUGGAAACGAAGUGUUGCUGACGUCAUAUUAUCAAAUAUUGGCUGGAUUGCCGUGACAGCAGGCUCAGGUUCUAUUGUGACACUAAAGGCAUACACACCCAAUGGGGCUGGUCUAUACCUGAGAGAGCCUGCCCUCCUACCAACCAGCGUACGACAACGAGGUAUUGCAUCCAACUAUCUAAGUUGCGCCCAUGUUUGUCAGGGUAAUAAAAGAUAUAAAUAUUAUAUGCUACCUCGUCAAAUGAUUUUGAUCAAUACUUGCAAGAUUUUCUCGUCAAAAUUUGCUUACAUGAAUAAGCCGUCAAUGAAGCCAUUUUCAAAGGACUCAAGGCUCCAUUAUGAGCUCCAUAAAAUAAGAAACAAUAACUUUAUGUGUUCGAUGGAAGGGGGUAAAGAGUUUGAUGGCAGAUGCGGUUGUGGCAGAUGUGUUGUAGCAGACAUUGGAAUUUGGAACCCAAUUAAGCCUUCGACAUGAUCACAUUUGAACUAUCAUUCGUUUCCUCUCCUAAUACACCAUUCCGGAAAGUACAUCAUUUUGGCUAUAUGACCAUGUGAGUUUAAAUUGAAUCGUCUUUAAUAAUCACGAAAACGAGGCUCUAUAGCCAAAAUGACAUACUUUCUGGAAGGGUGUAUUUUACUUAUUUCAUUUUAGUCAUUUUUAAAUUUACUGCCUUUAGGUCGGCGAGGUGUUCCAUAUAUGGGUUAUGUGAAUCGCAACAUGUAUCAAGGAACACGCAAAAGAAGUCCUGCACUCACAAAAUAUUUCACUGAACAAAACCUCGGGACGUCCCAAUGGAUGAAGAUCGCUGAGAAGAAACGUAAACAACAGCGAGCCUUGCUGAAAUUUGACAAAACAAGAUAUCAUUCUAAGUUAAGAAUUGGUUUUAGUGCUCGGAGUAAUCCAGCAAGAUAUUUACCAGACUAUGGUCAUGAGGAGAGUCCGUUGGAGAGGGAUGCGAUCGAAAUGCAGCAAAUUGAGAAUUGCAGUUCUGGUCGUGUAAAAUGAAGGAUAUUUCUGUCAUAUGAAUAUGGAGGUUAAGGUACAAUGUUACAUAUUUCUAACUCGGGGGGGGGUGAUGUGUAUACAUUAAAUACAUUAUCAUUUAUCAAUUCUUAAUGAUGACUAUAGUUAAAAGCUAG